UAUAAAAACGUUCGCUUGUAGGCAAUCCACAUCUCAGUUUUCGAUUUGCACUCUAAGAGAAACAACUCAUCAAUCUACUGUACGAAAAUGACUGGCCGUGGCAAAGGAGGUAAAGGACUCGGCAAAGGAGGCGCCAAGCGUCAUCGUAAGGUUCUCCGUGAUAACAUCCAGGGAAUCACCAAACCAGCCAUUCGUCGUCUCGCCCGUCGUGGAGGAGUAAAGCGUAUCUCCGGUUUGAUUUACGAAGAAACUCGUGGUGUGCUGAAAGUGUUCCUAGAAAACGUUAUCCGGGAUGCUGUGACCUACACUGAACAUGCCAAGCGAAAGACCGUUACCGCGAUGGAUGUCGUCUAUGCGCUGAAACGCCAAGGACGCACCCUGUACGGUUUCGGCGGUUAAAUUAUCAAAGCCGAUACUGUCAUACAAACGGCCCUUUUAAGGGCCACCAUAUAAAAGAUAAAGAACUAUUUCAGAAUGCUCCGUCCAGCCGGACGUUUUUAGUUUAAUUUCAGGUAUAAAAAUCACAAAUAG